AUGCCUGCUUUAGACGACCCCAAUCAAAUUCCCUAUCCCCGUCCAGAUGACUCGAUACUUGAAACUAUUAUUAAACCCAUUACCGUACUUUUACGGGAUGGGGAAACUGUAGCUACACUAUAUCCAUUCUUUAGUCCUGAGGAGGUUCCCGAAGGUUUGAUGCAAUACUUAUCGCAGGAGUUUAACGAUGAAAUUGAACGUGGAGAUACUUAUCCUCUUAUUGACAGCUUAGAUUUGGAUACCUUCCGCCAUUAUUGGUUUGGAUCAUUUGCUGCCGUGCUACUAAUUGGUGAUUCACCAGUUCUUCCUCAAACAGAUAGCUGGCCCGAAAAAUAUUUGGGCACGUUCUAUGUCAAGCCCAACUAUCCUGGCCGAUGCUCUCAUGUCUGUAAUGCUGGAUUUCUUGUCAAUUCGGCCAUCAGAGGCAAAGGUAUUGGCAAAACUCUGGGCGAAUUGUAUUUGAAAUGGGCUCCACAACUUGGAUAUACUUACUCAGUUUUCAAUCUUGUUUUCGAAACAAAUCAAGCAUCUAUCAGAAUCUGGGAUGGACUCGGAUUCGAGCGUAUUGGUAAAAUCAAGGGUGCUGGUAGAUUGAAGGGAUUCAAUGAGCCAGUGACUGCCAUCAUGUUUGGCAAAGACUUGACAAUACAAGACAAGCCACUAGUUUAG